AAACCCUAUGAAUGUAAUCAAUGUGGUAAAGCCUUUUCACAACACAGUUAUCUCCAACGUCAUAAAAGAACACAUACUGGAGAGAAACCCUAUGAAUGUAAUCAAUGUGGUAAAGCCUUUUCACAAUACGGUCAUCUCCAAUAUCAUAAAAGAACACAUACUGGAGAGAAACCCUAUGAAUGUAAUCAAUGUGGUAAAGCCUUUGCAUAUCUCAGUAGUCUCCAAUGUCAUAAAAGAACACAUACUGGAGAGAAACCCUAUGAAUGUAAUCAAUGUGGUAAAGCCUUUGCACGUCACAGUCAUCUCCAACGUCAUAAAAGAACACAUACUGGAGAGAAACCCUAUGAAUGUCAUCAAUGUGGUAAAGCCUUUGCACAAUACAGAUAUCUCCAAUAUCAUAAAAGAACACAUACUGGAGAGAAACCCUAUGAAUGUAAUCAAUGUGGUAAAUCCUUUUCACAAUACAGUCAUCUCCAACAUCAUGAAAGAACACAUACUGGAGGGAAACCCUAUGAAUGUAAUCAAUGUGGUAAAGCCUUUGCACAACUCAAUAGUCUCCAACGUCAUAAAAGACCACAUACUGGAGAGAAACCCUAUGAAUGUAAUCAAUUUGGUAAAGCCUUUUCACAAUACGGUCAUCUCCAAUAUCAUAAAAGAACACAUACUGGAGAGAAACCCUAUGAAUGUAAUCAGUGUGGUAAAGCCUUUGCACAUCUCAGUAGUCUCCAAUGUCAUAAAAGAACACAUACUGGAGAGAAACCCUAUGAAUGUAAUCAAUGUGGUAAAGCCUUUGCACGUCACAGUCAGCUCCAACGUCAUAAAAGAACACAUACUGGAGAGAAACCCUAUGAAUGUCAUCAAUGUGGUAAAGCCUUUGCACAAUACAGAUAUCUCCAAUAUCAUAAAAGAACACAUACUGGAGAGAAACCCUAUGAAUGUAAUCAAUGUGGUAAAUCCUUUUCACAAUACAGUCAUCUCCAACAUCAUGAAAGAACACAUACUGGAGAGAAACCCUAUGAAUGUAAUCAAUGUGGUAAAGCCUUUGCACGUCAUAGUCAUCUCCAACAUCAGAAACCUAAACAUACUGGAGAGAAACCCUAUGAAUGUUAUCAAUGUGGUAAAGCCUUUGCAGGUCACAGUCAUUUCCAGUAUCUUAUCUUCAUCAUGGAAGAAUUUUAA